AUGGCGUUAGAGAACUUGUCCCACGGGAUGCACACGGUUUUCCUACCGUAUGGGCCGCAGUGGAGGGCGCACAACCGCAUCCAUAAGACUAUUCUCGCACCGAGCAAGGCCUUGCAUUUCCACGAGCUCCUUGAGGCAGAAACUAAGCUGACUCUCCGCGACCUGCUGCAUUCAAAAGACUGGGACCAGAGCAUUGUCCGCUUUACAUCUAGCGUGGUGUACAGCCUUGCGUAUGGUCAACGCCUCCAAGGAGAUGAGCCGGUGAUCCGGGAGAUGUCUGACUUUGUCGAGGAGACGAUGCGUGCGAUCUCUGGGUUCUGGCUGGUAGAUAUCCUGCCCUUCAUCAAUAAACUGCCCAGCCUGAUCAACCCAUGGAGGAGAUUCGGGAAUCGCUUCCAUCAGCAGGCGAUGCGGAUAUUUGCAGAAAGCAGCAGACACGCUAUAAAGGCACCAGGAUGGAACUUCACAAAGCAUGUCCAGACGAAGGAACGAACCGGAAAUUUCAGCGAUGAGGAGUUACUUUAUGUAGUUGGCGUGCUUUUCCAAGCCGGCAUCGACUCCACCUCCACAGCCUUCCGAUAUUGCAUCCUGGCAUGCAUCCUGCACCGUGACAAAGUGAUAAAAGCUCAGCAGGAGCUAGAUGCCGUGGUUGGAAAAACUCGUCUUCCUAGUCUGGAUGAUAUAGCCGAGCUGCCAUAUACAAAAGCUUUCAUCAACGAGGUUCUCCGCUGGCGGCCUAUCACGGUCGGAUCGUUAGCGCACUGCAGCUCCGAGCACGACACGUUCAUGGGUUAUGAUAUACCGAAAGGGUCGGUGGUGAUACUCAAUCAUUGGUCGGCCGUGUUAAACACCGAUACCUACGGACCAGAUGCCGCCUCCUUUCGCCCAGAGCGAUGGAUUGAAGACCCCAAUCUGCCGCUGCUUGCAUUCGGCUGCGGCCGACGAGCCUGUUCGGGGCAGUAUCUGGCUCAGAAGGAGCUUGAGGUUUUGAUCCCUAGUAUACUAUGGGCUUUCGAUAUUGAGGUCGGCUCGUCAGAUGGAAUGAAGCUGAAAUUGGAUUCUUGGGAUCUCCUAGAAAUUGGCGGACUCCUUCGACCGCCUCCAUUUCCAGCAAGCUUCAUCCCUCGUGACGAAGAGAGGAGGACACUCAUCGAGGAUAAGUCUAGAAACGUGGAUGCAGCGGGCCUUGAGGAUAUAUUGAAUCGGAUUCAAGCACGUCUGGAUCGUGGCUGA